ACGAAACCCUAACCCACCAACCGGCAACUUUGUGUACAGUCCGAUCUCAGUUACACUCCUACCAUGUACUAACCGCCCUUUAUUACUUAAAGAUCUACCCUCCUAACCACAUCUUAUUUACAACCCGUCCACCCAAAUGGCCCUCCAUAUAUAUCCGUCUUGCUUCACUCCAGGUUUGCCCAAUUUCAUUUCCUUAUGCCCCUUAUAGAAAAUCCAAAAAAAAAAAAAAGGCUUUUUCAUUUCUUGCUUGUCUCUGAUGCAACAAUGGCGACGUCUAGAAACAAAUCGAAUGGUCAUACUCAUUGCACGUGCCGCAUGCCACCACCAUUGAUGUCAUCGUCGUCAUCUUCUUUCGCUUCAUCAACCGCUUCCAGUUUCACAUCUAGCUCCUCCUCUUCUACCUCCGCCACUUUAUUUGCACGUGCCAACUCCCCCACACGAGUGAACAUGUACAGUCACCACCAUCGCCAGAACAACCAUCAAUCUUCGUCGUCCUUGCGUUUAUCAAUCGAUCGUUCAAUCUCUCCUAACCGUUCGAUUUCCAUCAAAAGGCACACCUCCAAUGCCAAUGCAAUGUCCAAUCAGAAGAGAACGUGCGCGUGUUCCCCUACGACGCAUCCCGGCUCCUUCCGGUGCGCCUUCCACAGGUCAUUAACGAGAAAUAAUGGCUAUGACCAUCACAGCAGCAGUACACAAUCAGCAUCAUAUCACUCAAGUAGUAGAUUGAACUUUAGGCGAUCGGCGAUGACGAAUUCGCUUGUGAGGAUCGGAGGUGUGGAGGGAGAGCUAGUGAAGAGAGCAUUGUCGGCUCUGAUUCGUCCUUCUUCGCAUCAUCUUCGGCGUCGAGCCGCUUUCGAGACGAGACCGAGCCGGCUUUCCAUCAUGUCUAAAGCCGGAGAUUAGUGAAAUCUGUUGCGAAAACUGGAAUUCUCAUUUCUUAUGUAGAAUUGAUGGUAGGUGGUAGAUGAGGCAAUUUUUGUUAAAUUUGGGAGUAUGCUGAUUGAAUAUUAAAUGUUUUUUUUAAGAGCAUUAAUGUAAUUAAAUAUUUGUGAGAUAAUCCAUUUAUUUGAUUAUUUUUUAAUA